AAACUGGUGUGUCUUGUGCCUCAAGCCCAUUGGUCUAUAGCUAUCGGAGAAGUGGGAGGAUCCUUGCUAGCCAAUAGGAAACCUGUAGAUGACUGGUGCGUCAGCUUAGUGUGGUCUCCAUGGAUACAGGGGACGCUGAGGCUAAAUUCAGAAAGAGCUGUUGGCUCCUGCAGUGCGACGAAAAAGGCAGAAAUUCCGAAAAUCGAAACAGCCAGAACUGGAAAGAAAGGGCCAGGAGAAGAAAAAGUAAGAAAAUGAGCUGUUGGGAUAUGGGAAUAGCAGGGGAGAAACCUGUGGGAGGCGGAGUUCAAACCGUCUGCACCAGAUAAGAGAACUGUGAAAAUUGUCAAACAUGAAUGUGGAUGAACCUAGUUCCAGUGAUUCAGAGGAAGAAUCUAAAGAAAGACCUGAUAAAUUGUUGUCCCCUCAUGUAGAAACUCAACCAGAAUUUAAUGCUGUCAUCGUUCCUACAAUUAAUAUUCAAGAUGAACGCAUUGUUGACUUAACUACAACACCUGCAUUUCAGUGUUUAGAUGAGUUAUUUGCUGCUGGAAAACUACCGGGGACCAGGGUGUCUGAAUUGAAAGCAAAGUAUACUUUACUGCAUGAAAUGGUGAUAAGCACACAAGAGUCUGAGCUCCAAUUGCUGGAGGAUGCCAAAAAAUUCACCGUGGAAAUAGAAAAGCUCCAACAAAAGCUGGAGGAUGCUGACAAGUUUCCAGAAGGAUUUAGAACAGAGGUUUCCAAGAUGAGAGAACAACUUCUCAAGUAUCAAAAUGAAUUGAAUGCAGCAAAAGAAAGAGAGUUCCACAUACAGUAUAGGUUGAAUAGCUUAAAAGAAGAAAGAUUAAUUAUACAAAGGGAAUAUGAGAAGAUACCUAAACCUGGAGAAAUGGAGAAGAAGAUGAAAAUAUUGAAAGAAGGCAGUGACGAAUUACGUAAAGAAGUAAUGCAAAAGAAGAUAGAAAUUAAAAAUUUACGGGAAGAUGUGCAAAGCAAGCAGAGACAGUCAGUAAAGGACAAAAAAGACCUAGAUGAAUUAUUAGAACAAGAAGAUAACUUAAAGGAUGAAGUGGUCCACCAUCAAUCCAUCCCUUUGCAAAUUGGAAAAGAAAAAGAGAAACUAAUGCGAAAAAUACAAGAUCUAGAGAAGAAAAGAGCAGUUAUACAGGAGCAAUUAGAUGAAGUAAGUGAAACACUCAAAAAAGCAGAAGCCAAAGUUAAUAGUAUAUUGACAGAGAAAGACGAAGUGGUAAAAGAAGUAGAAGGAAAGAGAGCUCUACUUGAAAUCAAAGAAAGAGAAUUCAAGCAACUGUCAAAAUUAUUGGAAAUAAACAAAGAGAAUGAAGCCAAUUUACUGACUGAAAGAGGGAUCACGGAACUCAGUUUGCGGAACUGCCUCAUUGACAAGCAUAGUUACCAUGAUGAGGUCACUCGGAAGCAGAGAGAGAAAGAUCGAGAUAUCAGAAAUUUAAAAAAGAUGGAGCUGCUCUUGAAAGUGAGCAAUGAUUCACUGUGUCAGAUUCAAGCCCUGCAUCAGCGGCUCACUUUAGAGAUGGACAGCCUUCCUAAAGAUGAUUCGCUAGUUGUGGAGAGGAGGAAAGAUCUCCAAAAAGAGGUUGAAUUAGCUAAAAGGAAUUUAGCCCAGCAGAGAGCUGUAUCGGAAGUGGAGACUCGAUUAGUGGAACAGAUCAUUACCGAGGAAGCCAAGCUUUUUAAGGAGACGGAGUACUUCCGAGAACAGUUAGACAAUCUUAACCGUCUGUACCAAAUCAAAACAGAAGAGAAAGACAAGAAAGCCAAAGAUUAUGUAAAAGCUCAGCAAAGGCUUGCCAAAAUACUGAAAGAAAUUAAAAUAAAGGAUAUUGAACUCAGGAUAUAUAAGAAGAAAAAAAUUGAAACACGUAAGAGACUAAAGGAUUUUUCCAAAUUGUAUGACAUCAUCAGAAAUGAAAGGAACAAAUUUGUUAACUUGCUUCACAAUACUCACCAGAGAGUAUAUGAAAUAAAAGAAAAGCUCAAAAUGGCAAUAAUGGAGAUGGAAAUUUUAAGGAACAGUUCAGCAAUUCAUGACAGAAAACUACAGAAUUCCCUACUGAAACGUUCUAACAAUAUUACAAUCAAAGAGAGUAUGGAAAAUGAUGUGUGCAAAGUUAUCACAUUACUUCAGGAAAGAAGAGAGAAGAGAGAAGAACAAUUAACUAGUAUUGACAGACUUGCCAAUGUGGUCACAUCUAUUGAGGAAGAAAUGGUACAGCUCCGGAAAAAAUAUGAGAAAGCUGUUAAUAGUCGAAAUGAAAGUGGUGUUAUGCUGAUUGAACGGGAGGAAGAGGUGUGCAUUUUCUAUGAGAAAAUAAACAUUCAAGAAAUGAUGACAAGAAAGGGAAAUAUUGAGUUGCAUAUAUUGGAAGAAAAACUCAGAUUUCUGAGGAUAAAGAUUGCUGAGAGGCAAAGACAGAUUUAUCUUUCCCGAAAAUUGUUGCCACUGAAGAGAUCUUUGGAUAUGGAUAUGGCAGACCUCCAGAUUCAGUUCUCAAAGUGUACAGACAGAAUACGCUUCUUGGAGGAUAAAUUUAUAAAUCCUAGUGGAAAGAACAGAGCUCGCUUCCUGAAAGGACUAGAUAUGACUUCGCAGGAAAUGGCCCAAAAGAUAGAUGAGCUGGAAUUCCAUCUAGCAGAGAGAGAGGAGAAGUUGCUGGAGAAGGAUUUCCUCUUUGAGCAGGUCACCCGGCUCACAGACAGACUCCGUGCUAAAACUCAGACCUGCAAGCAGGAUACACUUCUUUUGGCCAAAAAGAUGAAUGAUUAUCAGAAGAAGAUAAAAGAGGCUACCCACAAAAUGAUGGCUCUUGUGGCCGAGCUGUCCAUGCAACAAGCUUUCACUCUUGACCUACAAAAGGAAGUCAGGGAAAAACAAGAAUUCCUUAAGUCUUGCAAUGAACGGAUGGACUUGGGGCUGCCACUUAACAAGGAAAUCGAGGAAGAGUGGUUGAAGACACUGCGCAAUGAAGACAUGUAUCACUUAGCUAAAGCAGAAAAGUCAAUGAAUUUCAUGGAAGAGCAACAGAACCAGCUACCCACUGGGGUUUUCACAACAGCAAUUCAGCGUCCAAAUGCCUACAUCCCAGAAGCUGAAGCCACGUUGCCCCUACCCCGGCCUUAUGGCCGAGCUGCUCCAUUCAAGCCAAGUGAGCCUGGUUCCAAUAUGAGGCACAUAAGAAAGCCUACUAUAAAACCAAUUGAAAUUUGAA